AUGCAUACGCCCUCCUCUGCGGGACCCGCCGGAGCUGAACCUCCCCUGAACCUCCUUGACCUGGAGCUCCUACAUAAUUUUACUACUGCAACCUACACCACGCUCAGCAGCGAUUGUACUAUCCGGGAGUUAUGGAAAACGGACAUCAUACGCCACGCUGCCAGGCACGACUACGUCAUGCGGUCUAUCCUUGCCGUCUCGGCGUUGCACCUCUCCCAGUAUCGCCCUGAGAAGAAGAAUGACUACAUUGCACAUGCAUACCUACAGCACCAAGCUGCGACGCACACUGCCGUUUCUCUGAUGAAACAAAUGGACGGAACCGAAAAAUGCGAGGCGUUGUGGAUCUUUAGUAUUUUAACCAUGUAUUUCGCUUUGGGGUGCCCUAGAACCAGUAAUACCUCACUGCUCAUCGGUGAGUCCGCGUUCCCUGACUGGAUUUUCCUGCUCAGUGGCGUGCGCAAGCUACUGUACCGACUACAAUCCAGUAGCUAUUCUGGUAUGCUCUCGCCGAUCUUGGCCCUGGGUGCGAAGCGGUGGGAAAUAUCACACGACCCCAAAUUUACAGAGUCGAAAGUGCUCGAUAGCCUCGGAGAUUUAAUGUCGUCUACUGUGCCAGACGAAUCGCUUCGCGGUAUCUACUCUGAGGCCAUCUGCGAGCUCCGAGGCCAACUCAACUUGGCCCUGUCAUCUUCAUUCCAGAGCCUGGACAUAAUGGACGCGUUUGUCUGGCAGUUUACGGUCGCAGAAACUUUUAUGCCACUCCUCCAAGUGCCAACGCAGGAAGCUGUAGCGAUAUUUGCGUAUUUCUGUGUUGUGUUGAACAAAUUGGAGGGGAACAUGUGGCUGCGGGGAUGGAGCAGCUUCUUGAUGUCCAGGGCCUGGGAGAUCUUGGACGCAAAUCAUAGGGGGUGGAUUAGGUGGCCGAUUGAGGAGAUUGGAUGGAUAGCCCCUUCAGGCCAUGGCAAUUAG